AUGGAGGUUGCAGCCUCGGUUGUGGGUCUUAUCCUCGCUGCUGCCACCGUUUACAAGAAUAUAGAUUCCCUCAUAUCCACGUACACCAAUGUGCCUGAUAGCGCGAAAGAGAUCCUCGCGGAAGUGCGUGACUUCGAGUACGCGUUAAAACGACUUCGUACUAGGAUAGCGAAACGGAACGAAAUGACUCCGCUGGGAGCAAUGGCGACGGACGCUACCCAGUUAGCGAUUACACUAGCUUCCUGCACCUUAACCUUCUCCCAGUUGGAAAGGAUAAUUGAUGAGUUAAUGCCGAGGCGGGUUAAACAACUAGUUGGACCACAGGAGCGUCGUUUACCGGCAGGACAAAUGAGUGUUUACAGCCGACUGCGCUGGAAUUGGGAGAAUUCAAAUCUCACAAUCCUCGUUAGACGUAUCCAGCAACAUAAAACGACUUUAACACUGCUUCUUACAAUCUGGAUGAGUGAGUCCUCAGCUGAGGCAGAAAGCAUGGUAGAUUCUCUAAAUGACAUUCUCGAGACCCUGACCACCGUUACCAAGGCCAUCCCGACACUGGUUACAUCUCCAGCUUCCACCGUUAGUUUAGGGCCUUCAUCAUCACCUGACAUCGAGCAUCUACCCUCCCAUCUAGGGAUCACUCCACAAGUGCGCUGCUCUGAAUCAACAUCAAUCAUGUCGGUAGGGUCACGAAUGUCCUUCACAGCCGUACUUCGAAACAGCCGCCCUUACCGCAAUCAUGAUAUGCUCGCGCCUUCAACAAUGUCCUUGGCCACAUCCCAGCGUCGUGGAGCACAGUGGUCGACCUUCUCUAUUGGUUCAAAUACCUCCGUCUUCUCUUUACCGUUCACCGAAUUUCAACUUUCAGAUAAGCCGCUGGCCGAGGAACCCAUUAUAUACAAUAUUGUGAUACCAAUGAAACACGACUUGCUCCACAACAGAGCACGGUACCCGCAUAGUGACUGGCUCCAGGGUCUCAAAAGGGGAGUAUGGGUAGAAUCAGAUAUUCCGUAUCUUCACCACCUCCUAGAGUUAGAUGAUCCCAAGCUCUUUGGAGAUGUGAUUCCCAAAUGGACCGAGACCUGCAAACCAAUCCUGUAUUUCUAUACGCGAACAUGGGUGGCGAUGUUUGGAGGCGAAAAUCUUAUGAAAGCCCUCUUGGACAGUGGUGCUGAUCCUAACUCAGGGUUCACGAUACCUCUGAUUCAUGCGGCAGUGCGCGGUGAUAACGAGCCCGCUUUACGGGUACUUCUUGCAGCAGGAGCUGACCGCACAAUACGUGAUUCUGAUGGCCUAACAUGUUUGGCGUUGGCAAUCAAGUUGGGGAGGGCAAAAAUAGCAGAAAUAUUAAGUGGGGAGUUGGAAAAGAGUACACAGCCAGUUUCCAGUAAUAUGUCUACAACUUCCACUGGGCAUGGCAAUGAGGGGUUCUUGGAGGGUUGUGAAUUUAUUUCCAUAGCUUAUUGUACACUAUGUAGUGAGGGUGGAAGUCCAUCACCACGCCCACCCGCACCAAAAAAGAGCAAGAAAGGGAAGGAAAAGAGAAAAGAACACACACACCAGAAACACAACCAAGGCACGGUAGAUCAAAGAGUCUAA